UUACGGUAUCUAUUGCUCUCAUUGCAAUCCAGAACUGGAGCAAGCGAUUAAAAACUGCAAAGAGAAACAGUUCUGUCCACAGCUGUGUGUGAACAGCCACGCUUCUGUUUGGGAGCGUGCUGGCUUUGCAGAGGACUGCCAAGCACCUGAUUCUGUGCAGAAUUAAAAUAGACCUCAGCGUGGACUCCGACCGCGCGCUUACCGGCUGCGCGCACCAGGCACGAGCCCAGCCCCCAGUCGGGAUGAUGCUUCAUCAGAACCGCAAAACACAGCACCGUAAGAGCCACCACAAAUAGAAGGAAUCCACCCAGCCACAACCAGCACAAGCAGCCUGUGCGCGUGCCCUGCCUGCCCUUCCAUUGCUCAGCCAGCUGCCGUCAGGGACCGGGGCCCGGCUCCGGGUGCCUGAGGCCUCUCGGAGUCCUGGGAACGGUCCUGGGCCGCUCCGUGCUGGGGGAAGCGGCUGCUCUUUCGGCAGCAGGCCGGACUGCCUUGGGCGCUGUCCUCAAGUAAGGGAGGCCUGGGAGGCCGUGGCUUGGCAUCAAGGGGGAAGCCUGGGUCACGGCGGCAGUUGCUCCAUGGGCUACAGAGCACAACGCCUCCAGCCCACUGUGCUGCCAGAGGGCAGCUCUCUGUGAGGUGGGCGAUGACAUCGCUGCCCGCUGAUUGUGAUGUCACUGCAGCAGAGGGCCAGCCGACCGUCACGGUGGGCCUGGGCUCACUUUGCCGCCUGAGCGGUUUCACUGCCUUGGCAGAGAAGUGUGUCCAGCAGAACGGACCCGAGAGAGGAGCUGAGGAGCUGGCGCAUGCCCUCAACACCUACAUGGGGGACAUUCUGGAGGGUAAGAGCCGUGCUGCUGGGCUGUCGGACAUCGAGCCCCGAGGCUCGCUCACUGUGGAGAGAGCCGUGCUGGGCCGCCCGCUCCUGCCUCCCUGAAGGGGCGAGGAGCCGGAGCCGGGCUGUCUUUGGUGGGGCCCGGCACCAGGACAAGAGGCGGUGGGCACAAACUGAAA